AACAGGAAUGACUUUCCAAAAGCAAGGAAAGAAAGAAAACAGCUUUAGCUAGCUUUGCCUCUCCGUGUCACUGUGUGUUUACGUGUGACUUAUCUCUGUACUGUCCUGCAUCGCUACUUGUUGUAAAAAAAACUUUUUUUUAAUUUAAUUUAAUUUUUUUUAUUUUAGAAAAACUGAAUCUUGCUAGGAAAUGGGCUGGAGCCAUGCUGGUUAUAAAUCUCCCUUAGCCAGUGGCUGAGUCCCUCUCCUGCUCUGAAGUGGAUACCGACAUGCUAUCCUUUAUGACGCAAGCCACCACAAGCACUACUGGAUAAUAAUGGUUUACCAUUUGCAACAGUCAGCGUGCAAUUACAGUGUGCACUCUGCUAUAAAGAGUAACGUUUUGGGACCACGCCUGUUUACUUUACUCCCUCUAGUACCCUCCACUGUAUAAUUACUGGGCCAUAGCAUUGCCACUGCUCCAACACAACUGGCUCCACUUACAAAGACAGCACACAGCCCAGUGCUCAUUCAGCCAGCGCUUUGAUGGUCUGUUUUGUCGUUUGACAUAUUGUUUGCAGAGAUGGAAAUAAGACUCCCAUUGCGUAGCCGUUUGAUCCAGUCCUGGUUUUACUACGAGUUUAAUAAGACACACCUGAGUUUGUUACCUGUACACACUGUGGCUAAUCAAGCUCGUAGUAAAACCUGGAAUGGGUGUCCCUGCCGUGCAAUAGGAGUCUUGUUUCCACGUGUUUGUGUCUCUCUUGCAGUUGCCUGAGCUUGCUAAAUCGAAUGUGUGCAUCCGAGACCGGAAGAGGGUGGAAGAAAUUAUCCUGUCCCUUCAGACUGGAGGAGCUAACAAACUACAGAUUAUUUCCGACUUUGAUAUGACCUUGACCAGAUUUGCCCACAAUGGAAAGCGCUGCCCCACCAGGUACAGUAUCGUAGAUACAAGCCUGUUAAUCAGUGAAGACUGUAAAAAGACGCUUAAAGAUCUAGAGAAUACCUACUAUCCUAUUGAAAUAGACCCGGGUCGCUCUGUUGAAGAGAAGUUACCGUUAAUGGUUGAAUGGUGGAUGAAAGCCCAUGCCUUCCUGGUAGAGCAGAAGAUUCGAAAGGACCAGCUUGAGAUGACAGUGAGGGGGUCGGGCGCGAUGCUCAGAGAUGGGUUCAAGGCUUUCUUUGAUGAGCUUUACAAGCACAGCAUUCCUCUGGUGAUCUUCUCUGCGGGGAUCGGGGAUGUCUUAGAGGAGAUCAUUCGCCAGGCUGGAGUCUUUCACACCAACGUCAAGGUGGUCUCCAACUACAUGGACUUCGAUGAGAACGGUGUCCUGCAGGCGUUCAAGGGAGAGCUGAUCCAUACCUAUAACAAGCAGGAGGGGGCGCUAAAGAACUCCGGGCUGUUCAACCAGCAGACAGGGAGCCGCAACAUCAUCCUGCUGGGAGACUCCAUGGGGGAUCUGAGCAUGGCGGACGGAGUGGAGAACACAGAGAACAUCCUCAAGAUCGGAUACCUCAACGACAAGGUGGAGGAGCGAAGGGAACAGUAUUUGAACUCCUACGACAUUGUGCUGGUGAAGGACGAAUCCAUGGAUGUCGUGAACAGAAUCCUGCAGCACAUCAUUGCCAAGAACUGAGGAGGAACAGGCCAGGAGAAAACUGGGAAAGGACUGGGUGUGUAAGCGCUCACUGUGCACCACAGCACACCCCUUCCUACUCCCAGCAUGCCUUGUCUCAACUGUGCACCACACACAGUUGUUUCAUAAUCAGCUUUUUUGCAGGGGAAUGGGAAGGAAAGCCAAGCGGAGGUGUAUGGGGGAGGAAAUACACACAACCACCUUCUGCUCAUUCUUCUUCAAUAUGAUAACAUGCCAAUCUGGUGACCUUUCAACUCUGUCGACUCCAUGUAUAGUUACGGGUACAGCAGGUAAAGUCAAAACAUCACUUCAAUUCCAUUUCUAGCCACUUUUUCUCUUUUUUUUGCUGUUUUUUGUUUUUUACAAGUAUUUUGUCUACCAUUGAAAAUAAUGUUUUUUUUUAUUUAUUUCGUUAAGCUUAAUAAAUGGGUCAAGUCUGGCAAGUUUACAUCAUAAAAGUGUAUUUUAUUCAAAAAUAUUUUGAAAAGUAACAUUUUAAAGCCUUUUUUUUAAAGACAUUCAUGUACAUCUCUUUUGCUGCAUUUUUGUAACAUUUUUUUUUUAUUAUUAAAAUAUCAAAUUGGUGGGGGAAAUUUUAAAAGCUGCCUUAGACAAUAUUUUUUUAAAUGAUAAUCGAAGCAUUUUUUCCAUUCUCAAAAUAUUAACGAUGAAUGUAUUUGCGAAAUGAUUUACCUUUCAUAUUCCACAUUCAACUCCAGUAACGGUUCCUGUUUAUUCCUUUUCUUAUAGUGUGUGGGAAAUUAUUUAACCCAUUAAGUACCAAAUACAUUUUUCUUUGAAAAAAUCAGAACACAGGCUGUAUUUAUGCUGAAUUCUAAAUCCAUAUGCUACCAUUCUAAAAGUUUUCAACCUAUUCAAUAUAUUUACAAUAUACAUUUCCAGCGUCCUAUUUUGAGGGCAGUCACGUUAGACCACUAGAAUUUUACACCGGCUAUGAAACUCAGCACAGAAAAUUGAGCUUUAGCCUCACCACUGUGGGGAGGAAAACACCAUGAAAUGUGUCAAAUUAAGCUUCAGUGUCUUAUUUUAUAUUGAGGUGUCAUAAAAGCAUCUAACAAGCUAUAUUUGUAGAAUUAACAGUUACAUUUAGACUUAACGGUUGUGGUUCACAGGUGGCAUGGUGGCGCAGUGGUUAGAGCUGCUGCCUGACAGCUCCAGGGUCCUGGGUUCAAUUCCAGCCUCAGGUCUGUGUGGAGUUUGCAUGUUCUCCCUGUGUUCGCGUGGGUUGUCUCUGGGUACUCCAGUUUCCUCCCACAGUCCAAAGACAUGCUGGCUAGGUGGAUUGACCUCUCUAAAUUGCCCCUUAGUUGCCCUGCGAUGGACUGGCAUCCCAUCCAGGGUGCAGUCCUCCCUUGCACCCUGUGUCUGCUCUGUUAAGUGCCGGCUCACCGCGACCCUCUAUAGGAUUAAGCGGUUACAGAUAAUGGAUGGAUGUUGCGGUUAACAAAAUUAGAGUAAGUUAUCAUAAUAGUAUGGUUUAAGAGAACAUUUUAAUAACAGGUAGAUGCCAGUUAAAAAUGCUCCAAAUAAUUAUGAGGACAAUGGCACUUAAUGGGUUAAAAAAAUACCUCUGUAAUGGAAUUUAGUUGCAAAGAUGUCCAAAUUGUGGCAGCUCCCCUUUCAAUGUGUAAUAUUGACCUUUUAUUUGUUACUUUUAAAUUAAAAACCAUCUAAAAUGGCUUAAACUGUCAUAGUCCUUAAACAGAAAGACAGAGUUUUACCAAUGUAGUUCAUUUCUAGAUUGAUGUAUUUACUAAAUACCAGGGUUGGGGUCAAUUCCUGUUUUUCAAUUCCAAUUCCUUUUUAAAAUCAAUUCUUAAUUCUCAUUCUCUUUUGAACAAUUCCAGUUCGUCAUUGAUCAAAAUUGCAAUUGACAGUGGCAACAAAUGACUUAAAUUGAAGUCACUGUUAGUUAAUUAAACUGGCUUCAAAUGAAAGCAGUUGAACAAUCACAGCAAUUAUGUCUCUAAAAUAUCAAUUCCAAUCCCUCAAAGGAACCCUAACCUGCUAGUUGAUUCAUGUUUUGUUUCUCAGUUCUUGUUAAACCACUCUAUCCAGGUUAAAUGCUCAUUAUGCAUGAGCAUUUCUGCACCUCUGUCAUACACUUGCCACAGAGAAUAUGUACUAUAAAAUGAAUAAUGUAGGACACAGGUCUUACAAAAACAGCUGUUGUUUAUUGAGGAUAUAGUACACAAUGUAAGCGAUCAUUGCAAAAAAAAAAAAAAAUACAACCCACUGUCUUAAGUCACUCAACCUGUCACCAAAUAGACAUACCCAUCGCUUCAAACCUCUGAAUCAGAAAUCUAAGUUAAAAUUAGAAGAAAUUAAGUCAAGAAGACAAACACUUAGGCUACCGCUGCCUUCAGUGUCUUCUAGUUUCAAAUCCGUUAUAAUUAACCAACCCUUGAACAAUUAAUAUUUUAAACUCUCAACCCUCCUCCUCCUCCAAUGGAAGUAGAAAAACAGACAGUGCUCAAAAAAAAAAUCAUUACCCUUCGCUUUCCAGUCCUUAUCUUCAAAAUACACACAAAUGAGAUUCAAUAUACACUGGUAUAUUUCAUGUCAAAUCUCCAUUAUAUACAUACUUUGUAUGUCAGCAAAACAUCUCCGAUCUUAAAAUAAAAUCAGUUUUCCUUUUUGCCAUAGGCACCUUUUUUAAAAGUACAUCUUUCAACAGUUUUUUCAAUGAUAUUGUGCAUGCUAACGAGAAUGUAUAUGAAACUUUUGGCUGUAACAAAAGCUGUACAUUUGAGGUUCUACUGCACCGUGAAGACUAAAGCUGAGGGAACACAGAGCCACUUUUUCAGGAACAGUGGCUUGAAACCUGGUUCCAGGAGACCAAGCUUGAGGCAACUUUGCUGUAUCAAACCCCAGGUCUCCCCUGGUGUGCCAUGCAGUGGCCUGAAACCAAGUGGCUGCUUCUUCCCUCAACUUUAUUUAUACUUGAGGCUCCCAAUAUCAACCCAAACCUGCCCUGCUAAGAGAUAAUUUUUUUUAAAUUUAGUCGUUGCCAAUUAGUUUGUAUUAUUUUCUCCCCAAUUUGAAAUGCCCAAUUAUUUUUAGGCUCAGCUCACCGCUACCACCCCUGCGCUGACUCGGGAGGGGCGAAGAUGAACACACGCUGUCCUCCGAAGCGUGUGCCGUCAGCCGCCCGCUUCUUUACACUCUGCAGACUCACCGUGCAGCCGCCUCAGAGCUACAGCAUCGGAGGACAACGCAGCUCUGGGCAGCUUACAGGCAAGCCCGCAGGCGCACGGCCAGACUACAGGGGUCGCUGGUGUGCGGUGAGCCGAGGACACCCUGGCCGACCUAACCCUCCCUCCCCCCGGGAGACGCUCGGCCAAUUGAGCGCCGCCCCCUGGGAGCUCCCGUCCACGGUCAGCUGUGGAAUAGCCUGGACUCGAACUCGUGUCCAUUCUGCACUCUAGCGAGUGCUUUUACUGGAUGCGCCACUCGGGAGCCCACCUGCCAAGAGAUCUUGAAUUGUUCUCUAGAAUACAGGAGACAGACUGAAUACAAAGAAAAGCAUCUUCACAAAUUGAAAGGCUUUCAGCUUGUAGAGUGGUGGCUUGAUUGACCUAAUGAUUCGAGCAAGACAAAGACAAAGACCCUCAAGGUUAACAGAACUAAAGUUAACAUAACUCUAUAGUUAAAGAGCAAAUUCAAAUAACAGGUAGACGCCAUUUAAAAAUGUUCCAAAAAAAAAAAGUAUAAAAUAUAGACUGUCUUCAAAUAAGGGCUUUGGUAUUUUUUGUAGGAAAGGCUAGCAGUAACUGCAAUGACUUGUGAAGAAUAGUGUCCUGCUUGAGAACUAAAUACACUAAUAUGGACAACAUGGUGUGGAAAACUUGUGUUAAAUUAAAAUUCUAUUUUGCAGCCGUAUCAUUUUGCUUUAAUUCAGGGAUCAUUAUUGAUUGUCAAACCAUCUUUACUUGGCAGGGCAUUGAAACAGGUUGAAGUGUACUUUAUCUUUUACUUGUUUUGUAUAAAGUAUUCACAGCCCCACCCCUCGUCGAUUUGUUACUAUUGCACCAAGACUAAAAUGCUGCAGUUCCAUCCUUUAAUGAAACCAAACGGCAUUUAUUUUAUAAGCGACGGAUGGACCCCUCUUCUGAAAAAAUAAUUUAAAAGCUACAACAGGUCCAGUUUAUUUUUUAAAAAAAAACACAUUUUUUCUUUAUUGUACAUUUACAAAGAGUACACCUUAUAAAUAACAUGGAAAUCAUGUGGAGAUAAGAGCAUGUGCCAAUGUGAUUGGAAAUUCAGAACAGGUCUGAUUGACUAUGGUUUUUUGAGAGUGUGGGGGGGGGGAUUCUACAGAACAGCAGAGCUAUAUAUACAGGGUUAGGGUCAAUAACACUUCCCAAUUUUUAAAAAAAAUCAAUUCCCAAUUCCAAUGUAAUCAAUUCCAACACAUCACUGAUCAAAAUUGCAAUUAGCUGUGUUCUGUUAAAAUGAGCUUCUCACAGUGGCGACAAAUUACUUAAAUUGAAGUCACUGCGAAUCAAUAAAAAUCGGCUUCAAAUGAACACUCUAAAAUACCAAUUGGAAAUUGAUUUUAAAAAAGGUAUUGAAAAACAAGAAUUGACCCCAGCCCUGGCUCUAAUUAUACAUAUCUCUAGAAGGUAUACAAUAUUAAAUGAUUUUCACAAAAAAAAAAAAAAA